AUGAAGCUGAGGGAGUUUCCUGUGAAUGAUUAUGCGCUUCUCCUAGGUGGAACUUCCAUCAGUGCCCUCCAUUUUCUUCCAGGACAGUAUGUGCAUGUCACUGGAAUUACAAAAGGGAAGGGUUGUCCGGGGACUCCAGCUUUUGGUGGAGAAUUGUGUCUCUGCACUGUGACUCCCAAGCUGCUAUUGGAAUUGCCAAGAACUAUGCUUGCAAUGGCAAAAGGAGACAUAUUCGUAUCAGACAUGAAGCAGGCGUUCGUGGGCAAAAAUUUCAGCAACGCCUACUCUUUACUUCGUAGUUUAAAGCUUGAAGCAAAUUCUUUAUUCCAUUGGAAUUCAAAGAUAACCAGUUAUUUCAAGAAACGCGAUGUUGACAGUGCUCGUAAAUUGUUUGACGAAAUGCCCCACAAGAAUGUGGUCACAUGGAACUGCAUGAUCUCCGGGUACAUUAGAAACGGGAUGAUUCGUGAGGCUCGUCAAGUCUUUGAUUCCAUGCCCAUUAAGAAUGUCAUUUCUUGGACUGCGAUGUUGAGUGGGUAUGCAAAGAACGGAAGGUUGGAUGAGGCGAGAGCGUUGUUCGAUUUAGUCCAAAGGAAGAAUGUGGCAUGCUGGAAUUCUAUGAUUUCAGGAUAUGUGAACUGCGGCAGGAUUGAGGAAGGUCGAGCACUCUUCGAUGCAAUGCCUGUGAAGAACGAUGUUUCCUGGGCAAUGAUGAUUGAGGGGUAUUUUAGGUAUGGGGCGGUGAAUGAUGCUGAGAGCUUGUUUAAUAAAGCUUCAAGUAAAAGUUUGUUGUUGUGUAAUGCUAUGUUGGCAGGAUAUGGGGAAAAUGGGAGUGUUGACAAGUCGUAUGAUUUGUUUAUGAGAAUGGUUGAACGCGAUGUUGCUUCUUGGACUUGUAUGAUAAGGUGUUUUAUGGGAGUGGGGGAGGUGGAGCGAGCUAAGAGAUUGUUUGAUGAGAUGCCUGAGAAGGACACUGUUGCUUGGACUGCAGUUAUUAAGGGUUAUUUGGAUCAUAAAAGAAUUGAAUCGGCUAGAGAAUUAUUUGAUAAAAUGCCCCACAAGGACGUCGUUGCAUGGAACACAAUGCUCAGUGGUUGUGUUCAUAAUGGAAAAGUAGAAGAUGCUCAUGAUCUCUUUAUGAAAAUGCCGGAGAGGAAUGUAAUUUCCUGGAAUCUAAUGCUAUGGGGAUAUAUUCAACAAGAUGAUAUUACUACUGCUCGUAAGUUCUUUGAGGGGAUACCUAUGAAGGAUGAGACCUCAUGGAACACUCUAAUCUCUGGAUAUCAAACUGAAGAAGCAUUGGUUUUGUACGUAAAAAUGUUGUCUGAUGGAUUGAAGCCUGAUCAGAGUACUUUAACCAGUGUGAUAUCAGUUUGUGGUAUUCUUGCACUGCAGAGUUGGGGGAAAGCAAUGCAUGUUUUCGUUUUCAAAAUUGGUUGUGAAAAUGAUAACAUGGUUAUGAGUUCAAUGAUAUCCAUGUAUUCUAGAUGUGGCUUCAUAAAUGAUGCCUCUCUAAUAUUUAAAACAAUGCACAAUCACGAUACUGCUGCGUGGAAUGCAAUGCUCGUGGCACAAGCACAUCAUUGUUCUGCCGAGGAAGCCCUUAAUCUUUUUCGUUGUAUGACUCAUGUUGGAUGUCAACCUGAUCAUGUCACUUUCUUAGUCCUCUUGACUGCCUGUGCUCAUUCUGGACUAAUUACUGAUGCCUGGAAGUAUUUUAAAUUAAUGGAGAGGUGGAAACUGACGCCAAAACCACAACAUUACGCCUGCAUGGUUGAUCUCCUUGGUAGAUCAGGUCUGGUUGCUGAAGCUUUCGAAUUAGUCAAUCAAUUGCCUGUAGAUCAUCCCGUGUAUACAUGGCAAACAUUGUUGAGCGCCUGUAGUAUACAUGCAAACUAUGACUUAGGCGAUGUAAUUGCAGAAAAAAUUUUAGGCUAUCAGCCUUGUGAUGUUGGGAUGUCUGUGCUUCAAUCAAAUAUAUAUUCUGCCCGUGGCAUGUGGAGGGAUGCGGCGCAUAUCCGAACAAAACUAAAACAAAGCCAAUUAAAGAAAGAACUGGGAUGCAGCUGGAUUGAUAUAAAUGGAACUGUUUCUUGCUUUUCAUAUAAUGAUAAGUCUCAUAUUCGAUCUGAAGACAUAUACAAAGAGUUGGAGGGGCUCUCUUUAAUUAUUGAGGAGGUUGGGUAA